AGCUCACGCCAGGUCGAUAAAUAUGGCCUUGCGCACCAUAUGUUCACGAACACCGCACAUUGUGGAGGCACUCUUGCUUGCAUGUUUCGAGGCUUCUGACCUUCUUGAUUUCCAUCCCUGUGCGGUCGACCACAUGUCAUAUCCAGUGCUCGACGGACUCGUGACAAUGUUUUACAAGAUCGCCGGCAUGCUUCGACGAAGCACAUCUAGCAGUAUAAAAAACUCCCACCCAUGAACCAUGGAUGUACCGACCACCGCCCAGUGGAACACAGCUCCCUGAGAUGUCUGCAAAGUCGUCUACGUUCAUGAACAUCGUGCUUUCUACCCUCUGUCUCCUGGCGCUCCGAGUCGGUGCGUUCAACAACUCUAGAUUCGACAAUGUCAGUCUAUUGGGGCCAGAACUCAUACGGAGCGACUCAUUCAGACGUGGCCAAUUUCCAGAAGCCUCUAGCCUUCUAUUGCCAAGAUGAUGCUAUUGACGUGGUCCCGGUUGCUUUCCUGGAUGUGUUCUUUGGUCCAGGCAAUGUACCUUCCAUUAAUCUUGCAAACACAUGUAAUUCCGCAGAUAACGCGACAUUUGCGGGAACCAACCUGCCAAUCUGCACUUCAGUGGGCACAGACAUCAAGGCCUGUCAGGCCAAGGGCAAGAUAGUGACCCUCAGCCUAGGAGGUGCCGGGGGAUCCGUUGGCUUCUCCUCAGACAGUCAGGCCCAGACCUUGGCCGAUACCAUUUGGAACAUAUUUUUGGGAGGCAGCAGUCCUACCCGCCCUUUCGGAGACGCAGUCCUUGACGGGGUGGAUUUGGAUAUCGAAGGAGGCUCAGGGACAGGAUACGUUGCCUUCAUUAAUCGGUUACGCACACAUACUGACGCCGCCAGCAAGAAAUACUACUUCACUGCCGCCCCCCAAUGUCCUUUUCCAGACGCGUCCCUUGGGUCAGUCUUAGAUGCUGCCAGUUUUGACGCGGUUUACGUUCAAUUUUACAACAAUGUAUGCGGGUUGCAAAACUUUAACCUUGCUCAGGACUGGAACUUCGGUCUCUGGGACUUCUGGGCGAGGAACACGAGUCCUAACAAGGAUGUGAAGAUCUAUAUCGGAGCUCCAGCAAGCAGCACAGCGGCUGGCACAGGCUAUCAAACCAUUGAUACCCUUACGAACAUUGCCGUCACAAUGCGGAAGUCGUUCCCGUCGUUUGGAGGUGUGAUGAUGUGGGAUGCUUCGCAAGCGUUUGCAAACAGCCGGUAUGACCUGGCCGUCAAGAACGCGUUGAGUGCGGCAGGGGGUACUGGUUUCACGUUCCCCGCAUGCAGCGCACCGGCCUUCAUGUCUGGAACGAAUUACCAAGGAGGCUCUAAAGUCUCCUUCGGUGGCUAUAUCUGGCAGGCCAAGUUUUUUGCCUCAUCGACCCCGGUCAAUACCCCGAACGGAGAAUGGAGUGCAAUAAGCGCGUGUACUGGGUCGCCGCCGACGUCGAGUUCCUCUGCUCCUCCGUCCGGUCCGACUGGUGGUAGCUGUGCGAGUGUUGCAGCGUGGUCGAGCACGUCCGUCUACACUGGCGGCCAACAGGUCGCAUAUGGCGGUCACCUGUGGACGGCGAAGUGGUGGACUCAGGGGGACACUCCAGGCGGUUCUGCGGGUGUUUGGACAGAUAACGGCGCAUGCUCAGCAAACAAAGUUCAGAAACAGGAGUCAGAGGGCAUGCGAUUGCUACAAUGAGAAAGUCGUGUUUCUCUGAUUUUGUUGAUUUCACGGGAUAUAAUCAUCGAUGUUGUCAUGAUUCCAUUCAUAACUGCUAGCCUAGCCUCGUUGUAUAUAUUGUAAAGCUAGCGGGCCAUGAUGACAUUUCAUAAUUACAAUG